UGAACACCUCAGUCCCCGCACAUAGCAAACCAUCAUCAAAACCAGUCGUUGGCAACAUGGCGCACGAUCAGCCCGUAGCUCCUUCUAUUAUUGGGUCCGGAACUUGGCAUAUCUGCACACCUUCUGCAGCUUCCGAAAAUACCACAAAGAGCACUUUGAGUAGCGAAAUUCCGCAAUCUUCCAUCCCAUGGCCUGGGCGAACCUUCAUCAUUCGAUCUCGCAAGAACGGACAAGUUAUCACGUUCUUGGACGGCGAGGUCGUGAUGGACAAACUAGGAGGGCUUGGUACUUUCAGGUGGCGAUGCGUCGAGGAGAAAGGUUGGAUAGGGUUUAAGGAUCCAGCUUCUGCGCAAUAUCUUGGUUAUCAUGAACAUGGACUUCUGUUUUGUAGGUCUUCUCAUCAUCGAAACAACGAAUACAUAUGUCCCCGAAUGCGCCCAGAAGGUGGAUGCGUUCUGCUAGUAAUUCACGAUGAGAAUCUUCGUCCCUUGGGUGUAUUUGGAAACGAAUCGAAGAAUGGGAUCAAGCAGAAGAUUAAGAUUAAUAUGGACUGGAGCUCUGAGGAGAUUGUGUGGGAUUUUAUUGAGGUACAAAGUUAAGAAUAAUGACGACUACUAGGGCGGAUAUGCCGAUGCAAAUGUACGCUUUGUUGGAAAAUAUGACACUAGUAUAGCCACCUGUUUAUUCGUGAUGAAGCAGAACCUGAACUUUAUCGUAUUCACUAGAGUGUUGUGCCCGAC